GGGUCGGGGUUGUCAGCCGCUGAAGAAUGCGGAAUGCAGGGGUUAUCGAGUGAAACAAAAAGGUCAUCCUUCAAAUCGCUUGUUAGGCUUGAAGUUUAACGGAUGCGGACGCUGUAGGUGCUGAAAACUUGUGCUCACCGGUUGCCUGCACAAAUCUAGUACAACAAAACUCUUUCAAGGACGAAUAAAUACACAAAUACCAGCUGUUGUUUCAGAAGUUCUUGAUCUAUGAUUUAGUGCUGGGGAAGCAUUGGAGUGGUUACAAGUAUGUGACUGGCGUGUAGUAGUACUCCUCUGUGGGCAGCUCUUCUUCCCCCGGUCCGAGGUACUGGACUGGGAUGGACCUUCUGGAAACGGAGCUGUGAGAUGCACCAAACUGAAAUUAUGGAUGUGGAUGGAGAAUCGAAGAAACUAUUGGGGUUAGGACAGAAACACUUGGUAAUGGGAAAUAUUCCAGCUGCUGUUAAUGCGUUCCAGGAAGCUGCGAGCUUACUAGGUAAAAAGUACGGUGAGACAGCGGAUGAGUGUGCAGAAGCUUUUUUUUACUAUGGAAAAUCUCUCCUGGAGUUGGCAAGAAUGGAAAAUGGUGUGCUGGGAAAUGCCCUAGAAGGGGUGCAGGUUGAAGAGGAAGGAGAAAAAGCUGAAGAGGACUCUGCGUUACCAACUGUUGAUGAAACAGAAGAAUCUGAAGAGGAAGAUAAAGAAAAUGAUAAAGCUGAGGAUGAUAAGGAGAAUGAAUUGACAGUGGAAGACAAGUCUUUACAGGAAAGUGAAGAGGAUGAAAUUGGAAACCUUGAGCUAGCCUGGGACAUGCUGGAGUUAGCAAAAGUCAUCUACAAGAGACAAGAAACAAAAGAAGCUCAGCUCCAUGCAGCUCAAGCUCAUCUAAAGUUAGGAGAAGUUAGCAUCGAAUCUGAGAACUACACGCAGGCUAUAGAAGAGUUUCAGGCUUGCCUGGCCCUGCAGCAGAAGUACCUGGAGGCUCAUGACCGCCUGCUGGCCGAGAGUCACUACCAGCUGGCGCUGGCCUACCACUACAACAGCCAGUUCGAUGAGGCUGUCUUGCAGUUCGGCAAAUCUGUAGAAGUCAUCGACAAGAGAAUGGCAAUGCUUACUGAGCGAAUAAAGAAGGCAGAAAAUGGGUCCCCUGAAGACGAGAAGGAGAUUGAGGAACUGAAGGGACUGCUUCCUGAAAUUAAAGAAAAGAUAGAAGAUUCAAAGGAGUCUCAAAAGAGUGCACGAGUAGCUGAGCUGGCACUGAAGGCAACCCUGGUUGGAACUACAUCUGGCUUUGCACAAACCGAAGACAGUGGUUCUGUUUCCACGAUCCCAGUAAGAAAAGCAGCUGAUGGCGCAGCUCAGUGUGUUACAGACAUAUCUCACCUUGUCAGGAAAAAGAGGAAACCAGAGGAGGAGACUCAACAGGGAGACAAUGAAGCUAAGAAAUCUAAACCAGAACCGGCUGUCAAUGGUGGCGGUGGUGAUGCGGCCCCCAGUGGAAACGAGGUUGCAGAAAAAAUGGAAGAGGAGACAGAGAAAAGGCCACAAGCGGAAUCAGGGGCUGCAGUUGAAAGCACAGUAUGAUAAUUCUUUAACCUUGGACACUCCUCUCCUUACAAGGAAAAUGGUUUUGUAUAUAGUGUAUU